AUGGUCAACAAGUUCUUCCUCCGCGGCCUCGGCUUCUUCAACGACGCGUACGACCUCCAGGUCAUCAACAUCGUCAACAUCAUCCUCAAGCACCAGUACCGCACCGAGUACACGGCCGACAUGAAGUCCAACGUCUCGACGGCCGCGCUCAUCGGCGCUGUCCUCGGGCAGCUCACGUUUGGCUUUCUCGGUGACAUGUACGGCCGCAAGAACUGCAUGAUUGCGACCUGCGCCAUCUUGAUCAUUGGUGGCAUCCUCACGGCCGCAGCCUACGGCGGCUCGGCCCAUGGCACGCUGUGGUUCUUGGUCAUUGCGCGCGGUGUCCUCGGUUUCGGUAUCGGUGGCGAGUACCCGCUGGCGGCGUCGUCGUCGUCGGAAGAUGCCACGUCGCCCGCCGACCGCAACCGCCGCGUGUCGCUGACGUUCUCGCUGCAAGGUGUCGGCUUCUUCACGGCCGGCAUCCUCGGUUUGAUCAUGGUCAACGCUCUCGAUGAGACGGACCAGAACCUCGAGAUCAUGUGGCGCGUGCUCUUUGGCUUUGGCGUCCUCCCGGCCUUGUUCCUUAACGUCUUGAUCUCGCUCGUGGCGCUGCCGGGGUACUACGUCGCGUGCUACUUCAUCAACAAGAUGGGCCGCAAGCGCAUCAUGCUCCAGGGCUGCACGGUCAUGACGGUCGUCUUCCUCAUCCUCGGCAUCUGGUGGGACGAGAUCCGCAAGUCGAGCGCCGGCUUCAUCGUGCUCUUUGGCUUGACGCUCUUCUUUGCCAACUUUGGCCCCAACAUGUCGACGUUUGUCAUGCCCACCGAGAUGUACCCGACCGCGAUCCGCAGCUCGUGCCACGGCUUCUCGGCCGCCAUGGGCAAGGCUGGCGCGUCGAUUGGGUCGUAUGGCUUCUCGCUCUGGGUCGACAACCCGAGCUUUGGCUACGUCGGCACGUGGUUUACGUUUGCGGGCAUCUCGGUGCUCACGAUUUUGCUGACGGUCUUUUGCAUGUUUGACAACAAUGACGAGGCGAGUGUCAUGGACAACGACUUCAAGGCCAAGCUCGCCAUGGAAGACGACGACGUGCGCAAGUCGUUUGUGAGCCAGAUGGAAGAGCCGCUCGACCACUACGUCGAGAACAAGGCGUAG